AUGGAGUCGCCUUCAUAUGCCGGUCACAAGCGCAAGGCUGCCGACGUGAGCUCUGACGAAGACACAGACACACGCCCAACAUCCGGCUUUCGAGGUUUCGCCAGAGCAGCCUCUCGAUCUGAAUCACCACCUCCAACAAUGGGUGGAAUUGGCAGUGGUUCACGCAAUAAUCGAAACAAUAUGGCCAACUCAAAUUGUCGGGGCGGCGGCGGCGCGCCAUCGCGCGGUGGGGCAGGAGGAGCCAACAGCUUUGCUGCUCGCAUGAUGGCGAAGAUGGGUUACAAGGAAGGACAGGGUCUGGGAACAACAGGACAGGGUAUCAUGAACCCAAUCGAAGUCCAGGCUCGACCACAAGGAGCAGGUCUGGGUGCCGUCAGCGAGAAGUCCAAGAAAACCCGCGAGGAAGAGCGACGCAUCGCUGCGCAGCAUGGAAAAGUCCUGGAAGAUGACAGCUCAGAAGAAGAGCGCAAGCGCCGGCGCAAGAAGAAGGAGGAGCGCAAGACUCAGAGCCGAAGUGGCACAGGGACACCAGUCCAGCGCGCCAAGCCCAAAUUCCGCACAGCGCGUGAGAUGGAGGAUGAUAUGGAGGGUCUAGAAGUGCCCAAUGUUCUGAAAUCUCUUGUGGAUGCCACCGGAAAGGAGCAGCGUGUCCUCACUUCGACCGCUGGUCUCAUGUCGACAAAACAAUUCGUCACCAAGGAGGAAGGAGAAGCAUUUAAGAUCGCCCAGCGAGCUCGGAACGACCUCGAAGCAUUUGCAGACGAAUGGAAAGGUCUCACGGAAAGAAAGAAGUUCAUCGAGGUUGAGGAGGCUCAAGUUGUGGAUGAAUUAGAUUCAUAUCAAGCCCAGGUCAAUCAUCUUACGGGUCUGAUUGCCGCAGUCGAAGAGCUCGACAUCUUUGAACAUGACGAAAGCAUUUCGAGCAAGUUCGAUGAGAUGACCAACAAGCUUGAAGCUCUGGAGACCCAGUACCGAGAUGCCAUCGACGAACACCGACUUCCAGAAACCGCAGUUGCGGCUCUGCACCCGCUCUUUCGCCAGGCCAUGGAGGAAUGGGAACCUCUACAAGACCCCACAUUCCUUGUGUCCCAUCUUACUCGCCUUCAACCGCUUCUUACCCGUAGCAAACUGAACGAGCCGCUCAAGCGGUCAUCCACCUCACCCUACGAAUCAAUGAUCUACACCAUCUGGCUACCGCAGGUGCGCUCGGCACUUCUGAAUGAUUGGGAUGUUUACGACACCUCCAAGGCAACCGCGCUGGUCGUGGCCUGGAAACCGAUUGUACCCUCAUUCGUGUUCGCGAAUCUUCUUGAUCAGCUAGUCGUACCCAAGCUGGCUACCGCUCUCAAGAACUGGAGGCCUCGCAGCAGCCGACGACAUCCUGGUGCUGGCUCCGAGCACGAUGGGAAGUUCCCCUGGUGGUUCUUCACCUGGCUUCAGUACUUGGACGAACGACACACCAACCCAAAACAGCCCACGGGUCUCAUGUCCGACGCGAAGAGGAAGUUCCGCUCGGUGCUUGAUACAUGGAGUCUGCGUAAGGGACUGGUAGAUCGCAUUGAAAUCUGGCGCGAUGUCCUAGGGUCUGAAUUCGAUAUCUGUCUACGCAAUCAUCUUCUACCGCGCCUUGGCCGCCACCUCCGGGAGAAUUUUACAGUCGACCCGUCGGACCAAGACCUCACGGCACUCGAGGAUGUUUUGCGCUGGAAGGAUUACUUCAAACUCAACGUGAUUGGUCUCUUACUGAUCGCCGAGUUCUUCCCCAAAUGGCAUGAGAUCUUGUACAUCUGGCUCACCAACGACCCAAAUUACGAAGAAGUCGGUGCUUGGUUCUCUUGGUGGCGCACUCAGAUCCCGGCAGAGGUCAAUGAACUUACCAUCGUUGACGAGCAGUGGAAUAAGGGUCUAGAGACCAUGAAUCUUGCUUCUCAGCUUGGUGACCGUGCAGCCGCGGAACUUCCACGCCCUGCUACCACCCAGACCACACUUCCCACGCGAGAAGAAAAGGUCGCUGCCGCUACUGCAGCAGCGGCAGCAGCUCCUGAAGCCAAGACCAGGGCGCCGGUGGUGGAAGAAGUUGCCUUCAAGGACAUCCUCGAAAGUUGGUGCAUGGAGCAAGGACUUAUCAUGCUGCCCUUACGCGAGGCUCAUCCACAAAACGGUCAGCCACUCUUCCGCAUUACGGCCAGUGCUACUGGCAAGGGUGGUGUUGUGGCCUUCAUACAGGGCGAUGUGGUUUGGGUUCAAAACAAAAAGGCCAAGGAAAUCUGGGAACCAAUGGGACUGGAAGAACAGUUGGUGGACCGCGCAGAAGGCAAAUAA